UGUUCAGAAAAUCAGAAUUUCAGAAUCAUCUUGUUACGGUCUCGGCCGGUCUGCUAGCAUUUACUUGAAUUUUUAAUAUAUAAUUUCACAUUUAUGAAUCUUUCAUUAUUCACAAAAGUCUUCCAUGUAUAGAAUAAACCAUAAGGAACAAUAAUUAUGAAUGAAAAAUGGAAUUUUACUAUAUAUCUUGUUUGGUUUUCUUAUUUAAUCUUGUCAGCAGCUCUUAUGUUCGGGCGUGGGUUUUUGUUAUCCCGUAAAACAUUAAACGAUAUUACUGAUUGUGAACCUCUUGAAAAUUUUGGAUGUGAUGGCUAUUCUAAAUCCAACUUGAGUGAUGUUUGCAAUGAAGAAGAAAAAAUACGUCGAAUUUUGGCAAACCCCGGUUCGGAGAUAGCAUGUGCACCUACACGUCAAAGAGUUGUGUUCAUACUUGUAGAUGCGCUGAGAUAUGACUUUACAGAGUACAUUCCUGACUUAGAAAAUCCUCUGCCGUACCAGAAUCGCUUAACUAUAAUAAAUGAGUUGCUGGAAAAGUGGCCGAAACGCACAAGAUUGUUUCGUUUCAUGGCGGACCCACCCACUACCACACAGCAGCGUGUAAAAGCUCUUGUUACUGGGUCUUUGCCUACAUUCAUUGAUGCAAGUUCGAAUUUUGCUGCCUUGGAAUUGCAAGAAGAUAAUGCAAUUGAUCAGAUAGUAAGAGCUAGUGGGAAAAUAGUGCUGCUUGGUGAUGACACAUGGGCACGACUGAUACCAGGCAGAUGGCUGAGAUCCCAUACCAUGUACUCCUUUCAUACUUGGGACCUUGAUACAGUUGAUACAGAAAUUGAUUCAAAAAUCUACAAAGAGUUGGAGAAAGAUGAUUGGGAUUUACUUGUGGCCCACUAUCUAGGUGUAGAUCAUGCUGGACAUAGAUAUGGACCUAAUCAUGCCGAGAUGACACGAAAACUGGAUGAGACCAAUAACAGAUUAAAGAAGAUAAUAAAAAUGUUGCCUCCUGAUGUGUUGCUCUUUGUUGUUGGUGAUCAUGGUAUGACUGAAACAGACUCACAAGAAGGGGAUGAAUCUGUGGGCGAUCAUGGUGGCGAGAGUAAAGCAGAACGCACCGCAGCCUUCUUUGCAUACAGGGGGUCAGGAUUUGGUGGUGACAGUGACAGCAUAAAAACAGGCAAGGAAGUGCAGCAAACGGAUCUGGCUCCAACACUGUGUGCCGCUCUGGGGAGGCCCCCACCUGCACCAUGUCUUGGCAACUUAUUGUUACCAGUACUACCACCAUUACCAAUGUCACAUACUUUAUUACAUUUAAGUAAUAAUUUGAAGCAGAUAAAACAGUAUCUAAUUCGUUAUGGAGAAGAAUCUCAACAAAUACCUCUAGAUAGGCUAGCACAACUAAUUAACGCUACAAGAGAACAAAUAGAUAAGGCAGCUACAAUUGAAACUGAAUCAGAGUUAUCUAUAUAUGUUACAGAUGUCAGAGCGUUGAUUGACAACACACGCAGCCUUUUUAGAGAUGUUUGGGUCGAAUUCGAUUCUCUGUAUAUGAUGAGAGCUUUAUUAUUACUACUUAUAGCAAUCUUUUUUAAUUGUCUAAUAGCAGAAGGACUUCCUAUGGAUCGUAUUCCUCAAAUAUUUUCUAGUUCCUUUAUCGUCAGUGGUAUAAUUGCACUAACCGUAUGCGUAACAAUGUGUUACACUGCAUUUUACCUUGAUCUAAUCGAAGAUCUGGAGCAUGCUAUUCUUUUGAGCACCGGUUUAAUAUCGGGCGUAGUGAUUUGUGCACUUGUCAUCUUGCAUUGGAAUAGCAUUACACAGAGGUGGUAUGAAACACCUUUACUCUUUUAUGAGCGUUUUGCUAGAGCCGCUCUCAUAGGAUCCGCUGUUCUUUUAGUAUCAAAUAGUUAUAUUAUAGAAGAAGGAGUGUGUCUAUCCUUUCUCACUUUGUCAGUAUUGGCUACGAUUGUCUGGCAUAUCCGUACAAUUAAGGCUGUAGCAUUAUGGGCGUGUUCGGGGGUUGUUCUUGCUGUGUCUAGAUCUUAUAGAGGGUGCAGGGAAGAACAGGGUGACUGUUGGACGCAGGGGGGAGGUGUAAAUUCCGCCGAUCCAGCUUCAAGAGCUGCUUUAGUGUUAGCAUUAGGAUCCGUAGCUGCUAUUGUAGCAGUCGCUAGACGUCACAUCGGUUGGCGGGGCCAUGGAGUUGUCGUAUGCGGGUUAUUUACAUGUGCACAUUGGGCGGUCGGUUGGGGUAAUCUAGGUUCUCCAAGUCGUUCAAGAUUGUUAGCCCGCGGCGCUUGGCUAGUGAUUGGUUGUAUAUUUGUUUUGUUAUGGAGAGAGGACGGCCGCGGUGCUAUUUUACCUUUAACGGUUUGUGGAUUGAUGUUCUAUAUAGGAAAUAGUUUGGUGCUAGGCGUUGCGUAUGCGCCCACCGCGGCACUUGCACUUCUAUCCGGGAUACUAGUCUUGUAUAUUGUUUCCACGAUGAAAAAUGAAGGUUCUACAAAAUUUGCUUUAUCGACUAGAUGUAGUUCAAGUGUAGCAUGCCUGUGGGCAUUGAUGGCGUCGUACUAUUUCUACGGCACAGGCCACCACGCCACUCUCGGACACCUCCGAUGGGCACCGGCAUUUCACGCGGGCGAUCCUACAUACCUGCCCAUUGGUCAUGAGAUAACCGCCGCACUCGUGACUCUUGAACUCUUUGGUAUGCCACUAAUGUUUGGAGCGGCGCUUCCUCUGCUAGUACUCUGGGGCCCGGGCUCUGCGGCUGUAGGGCCGCGCUCGCAGCUCACUGGGGUCUUUGUUUUAUCCCUUAAAUUCACGAUUUGUUUCGCUAUUAGGGUGUUUAUAAGUGCACUGUCAGCUACUAUUCACUGCCGCCAUCUAAUGAUAUGGGGUGUUUUCACCCCUAAACUACUGUUCGAGUGUGGUGCGUGCCUGGCAGCGUUUGUUGGAACCAUUUUGGGAUUAUCCCUAACAACUUGGCAUCUAUCGACCCAACAACGACAGAGUUGACAACACUAAUCUAGAUUAAAAUAUUACUCAUUGUACAUUAGUCAUUUGAAACAGUGCGAAUUAUAAAUAAGGUAUUAUGGAAUAGUAGACAUUCAAGUAUACAUGUGUCCCUUU